AAGAGGUAUGUGGCUUUCUAAAUGGCUGCUGCGAGUGUCAAUCAUAGUAGGUUGCGGGUUUGUGGGCAGGUACAGGCCGUGCGGUUUCGUAGCAGCUUGCGCUGAGCAGGAAUGGAGGAGACCUGGGGAAGCAAAGGGAGACGAGCCAAGGUUUGAGGCCUACUACCGUGCGGGGCAGAUAUGAAAUUACAUCAUCGGAGCAACUUGUUAUGGUGGGGACCUGUGAAUUUACAAAGCAUUUGCUGUAUGUUCCAGGGAAAGACACCAUGUCUUGGGCUGAGAUUGCCUACCCAUGGGAGCAUGUACACUGCCUAGAAAGAAUGUUUGUUUAUCUUUGAUAACCAAACCCCUGGUACCUCAUCUGCCUCAGCCUUCAACUAAGAAUACCUGUUAAAUGCAUAACAUUUGCCAUGGAAAGCAGGCAGAGUGGCCAAGAAAAACACACUGGGACAAAGACAAGUUUGUCUGUUUGUGACAGCCAUGACAGCAUCCUCAGUGAUGGUGAUUCAGGGAAGAUGGAAACCUCCUGUGGGGAGACAGCAGCAUGUCAUGAUCUACAAACUGCUGGAAAGCCAAAGAAGGCGCACUUCAAAUUUUUUGGUGGAAAGAAGAGCAUUUGUACCCUGCCCAGCUUUUUUGGGGGAAAGCACAAAGGUCUGGGCAAGGGAAAUUUCAGGAAAGGAUUAAGCAAAAGUAAAACACAUGAUGGUAUCAGUGAUGUGCAGAUUGAAGAUGGGAAGAAAUUUUUUUCAGACAGCUCUAACAUUAAAUUACAUGGACUGGAGUUGACCCGUGUAGGAACUUGUCUUACCAGCUCUCAUAGUACAGACUUAAAUGUAACGGCUCCAGCUCAGUUUGACUUAAGCUUUCAUGAUACAUCUCCCCAUAGCAGCACAGACUGCUUUGACAAAAAAAUAAAUGGGGAUAAGUCCCUGUCAUUCCCUAGACCAAAGAAGGGCCUAAAGGGACUGUUUAGCAGCAUCCGUCGCCACAAAAAAAACAAAGUUCCUGAUGUGGAAAAAUCAGAGCAUUUUAUUCAUGCUGCACCCUGUCUCACUGAACAACUAAAUGAACCUGAAUUGGAGAAUAUGCAAGAAGGCAAUGAACAAACCAAAAUAGAAUGUCUCCCUACUGAAGUAUCGCAAGAGCCCUCCCUGAGCACAGCUGUGGGUACAGAAGAGACGGAGUCUUCAGAAUGUUUGUCAGAUGUUGCUCCUAUACCUUCUGUUGAACUCCCUGUAGAACCUGAUCACCUAAAUUCUCUUAACAAAGACCAUUCCUUAGAUGCCCAGCUUGAUUCAGCAGUUAUUUGUUCAAGUGACGAUGGAAUAUUUUCUGAGAUUGUAAGUCCAGAUGUCAUAGACAAAGUUCCUCUGUCUUCUGGUGACCAAAUCAGCCUUAUAUUUGAAGAUGUCUCUUCACUCAAGAGUUUUGACUCUUUAACGGGCUGCGGGGAUAUUAUUGCUGAUCAGGACAUUGAUACUGUUAGUGAUAAUGCCAUAUCUUUGGAGCAAACCAGGGAAAACGCUAAGAGAAGCUCCUGCCUUGUAACAUACCAAGGAGGAGGUGAAGAAAUGGCAACCCCGGAUGACAUGGAGGAGGAAUAUCUCCAACAACUGUUGGAGGAUGCCAAUGAAGCUGAAGGAAGCUAUGAACUAAAUAAUGAAAAGGAAGCAACCAAAGUGCGUACAGCGUUCAGUCAGGUGGAGACUGCUGUGUACCCUUUGUGUGCACAAGAUUCCUUUACUGAUAGAGCUAUCCUUAGCAAUACAGAGUUACUGACCCCUCAGAGUGAUCAGCAAGAGUCUGCUCCAAAUAGCGAUGAAGGGUACUAUGACUCCAACACACCUGGUCCCGAAGAUGAUUCAGGAGAAGGCUUUAAUCAUAAAGAACGUCUUCCUAGAGACAGCUAUAGUGGAGAUGCACUUUAUGAAUUCUAUGAGCCUGAGGACAGCCUUAUGAGCCCUGCACCUGGAGGAGAGUCACUGUAUGAGACGAAAACGCCAUGCUCUGAAAUUUUUGAUCAGUUUUUUGACUUCAGUCUUACCAGUAACAAUGAUUUAAUUCAAGAUCAUGUGCAUAAGACAUGUGCAACGGAAACAGAAGAGGAACGACUGGCAGUUAUUCAGAAACAGCUGCUCUUCUGGGAAAGGCAAAGAGAGGCUACUUUGAAAGGAAUGGCACAUGUAAACAAAGGUAUUUUUCCCAAAGAAGAGCAAAAUGUUGAAUGUAAAAAUAAAGCUGAUAUAUUAUGCCAUAAUAAGGAUUGUCAUCUUAACAACCAUAGUUUGCUACAAAAUAUAAGCAAAGGUGGAGCUGCCAAAGUAGCUCAAAAUACACUAACUGAGAAACAGAGUUGGAAUAACUUCCAGGACACACCUUUUAGAGACUCUUACUACGAAGGAAGUUACAUUCAGCACUUAGAUGAUAAUAGCCUUAUGAAGGAUCCACGUUUUGAGUUGAAUGUAACUAGCCUUGGAACUCAAGACGUAAGCGAUAACAGAAAAACGAACACUGGUGGGUUUCCCAGUUCUAGGGUUAUCCCUGUGUAUCACAGACAGAAUGUGUUUGGCCCUGAUCUAGAAUGUCAUCAAGAGAAUGAAUGCGAGCAGGCUGUUAACUUUUCCCAAACUUUUGCUGAGUUUACCAAUAAUACUACUCUGUUUUCAAGUAUUUCUGAUUGUCUGGUUAGUGCUGGAUCUAGCAACUCAUUCCAUCGUGAUUUAAAUGCUCUACCCACCAUGGUUACAUUUGAUGUUGUUGAUGUAGAAAAUGAAGGUGAAUGUGAACAUCAUGUUGAGCUUAGCCCAGAUGAGGUGGAGGUUUCAUCAUUCGAGACCUUUGACCAUAGCUGUGUACAGGAGUCUUUAGCUGAUUGCGAAGAGCUUUUUCAUACAGAUCUGCCAAACCCACUUCAGACCUAUAACUGGGGUGUUACUAGUCUUCCUCGGCACUUUGGCCACUACAAACUUAAUUCAUCUAUGCCAGCACCACUGUCGUCCAACAGACGAAGCAGAUCUCUAGACACGGAAAAUUUAGAGACUGAACUUGGUGCCUUGCGUUUAUCCAAAAGUGGACUAAAAUCUUAUGAUUUCCUUGGCCCACGGGAGGAUGGAAAAAACUCUUGGCGUUAUGAGAAUGAAUGCUUCCGUGCCCAUGAGACGGAAUGGGGUGGCUGCAGUUUCUUGGAGCAAAGUAGUCAAACAUCUAGGCAGUUCAGUCAGUACACACCCACUGUAUCUUCAAACCAUGGUUACGGUAGAGCAAAUGAAGGAAUAAUCCCAAGCAAACAGCUGCCACUUAACAGACAGAUGGCAAAGACAACUGAUCCACCUUUGCAAUGUAACACAAGGCAGUCUCAAGAGGCCUCCACCAUGUGUGGAUAUCCUGCAGAACAAACUACCAAAAAACUUGCACUCGUGUUACCUCUUGAAGACAGAAGGGGUGUGGGUAUUCAUCAAAGCUCUUAUAAAUCCCAUACAUCUGGUAAACCAAUUGGUGUUACACAGGCAAUGCCUCAGCAAAACAAAAAUGAAGACGAUUUUAUAAAACCACCAGCAGAUUACCAGGACAACUUACUGAAGAGGACAGUGGAGCAAGAGGUUUCUGCUAAUAAGAAAUGGGCUAAUAACUACACUGAAUGUACUGGUAGCUAGUUUAAAGCUAAGUUUAUGCAUCAGUGUAUUUUCAUAACAGAUUGGAGUCCAGCAUGACAAGUUGCUCAUAAACCCAUUUGGGUCAGAACAAUGACUGCUUGUUUGGCUUUGUUUAACAAAGGGCAGGCUUAAGUCUUUCUCUAUUUAAUUGGGAUAUCGCAGUUGCCAACUGCAUUUUUGUGCCGAUUUCAGUCUACAACUGCCAGGGAACAAACUACAUUUCUAUUUUGAUUGUAUUGAGUAAGCACUCUCAAUUUUGGGAGGGGAAAUAUGUAUUACUGAAUGUGCUACACACCUGAUAUAACACUUUAUUAUGUGCUUAUGUCAUAUUUGUUAUGCAGAGACUUUUUAAACUCGCUUGCAAAACUUUGCGGCCAGUAUCUACUGUCUAUUGCUGUUUAAAUCCAGGUGCCCAUUUAAUUCCAUUUUUCAACAUAUAGCCUUGUCUAUUUUUAUUUUAUUUUCACUUGCUUGGGCAAAGCAUUACCCUACUGCUUGCAAGAAAGCUGUGGUAUAACAUUCUAGAAGCAAGCAUUUCUAAGAGAAACCUUGUAUGGCUAUGAACACUUAGAGGUGUAUUUAUUAACAUUGGAGACCAACAUCACCAGUGAUGUUGCCCAUAGCAGCCAAUCAGCAAUUAGAAUUGAAUGGUCUGAUUAAGUGCUAUGGGCAAUUAUUUUUGUCUUCAAUGUUAAUAAAUGCUCCCCUUAAACUUUAGACAGCAGGAAUGUCACAUGACAUUCUUUAGUCAAUUCUGGUUCUGUUAGUUCUAGCAUGGUCACUCACAGUUUUGCACACCCUAUGUUCCAAAGAAAAUGUCAGGAUAUAUUUAUUCCAUAAAGAGUAAUGUAUUCUAUGCAUGCUCUAUAUUUAGGAAAGAUGUGUGGGUUUUUUAUGAAGUCAGAUUUGCUACCGUCAUUGUUUUUAAGGUCUUUCGUAGCCAUGUUGUAAAAAUAUUUAACUAGUUUAACUCGGUUGCAGGUGGUUUUUGCCACUUUUGAUUGUCCCCUUAAUGUACUCUGCUUAUGCACCUAAGCCUCAGAAGUGCCCUGUCUGCACUGCCAGCUGAUAGCUAUGCUCACACAGUGUUGCUGAUUCUCCUCACCUAAAAUAGGAUGCUGUCAGUGACCAAGUGCUGUCAAACUUUCAUGUAGAGGGCUGAUUAUUACUUAUAUAACAUAUUUGAGGGGUAGAUUAAAUUAAAAUUAUGUCACAGUAGAUGUCACAAGUCAGUGGAGUCUUUAAGCAGAUGGGGGGCCAUAAAAAUCCUUUGGAGGGCAACAUCCAGCCCCUGGGCCUCCAGUUGGACAUCCAUUUCUUUACUUUUACCAGAACAAGUUUUACCCACAGAAGCCAUUGGCUCUUGAUUCUAUGGGUGCUGGGCAAAUAUCUUACUGUAGUCUCAAAUAAGCUUGUUGAUAUUAUAGUACAGGAGUGUGCGGAUGUUACCUAGCGUUUAAAUCCUGUCCAUCACUUUUUUUGCAGCCCUAUGUAACGCUGCCCUUGCUGGUGGCUUUAGUUGUAUUCUAACAAUGCAUGUUGGAAAAAUGUGCUGGUAGCAUACAGAACAGCAGUUACGGGCAAUUCCAGUGAAAAAAUGCCAUGCAUAUAUGUCUAUUUAAUCAGUCUUGAAACUUACUUUAAUACAUCAGGGCCACAUUUCUCUUCCAUUUGUAAAUGUGGAUAAGUGUUUACCCUGUAAGCUCUAUAAACGCUGAAAAAGCAUCUUUUUUUUAGUGAAUAAUGAGCCAAUGGCAAGUAAGGCUACCGCCACAUUAGACAGUUUCUUGACCUGCAUAUAAGCAUACUCAUGCAUUCCGUGCCACAGUCUGCUCCACAGGGUUCAUUUGGCAACACUGAGCAAAUUUGCCCAUGGGCAGUAACCCACAGCAACCAAUUAGUGAUUGUUUUUUUUUUUGCAUGUAACAAUUUGGUUGCCGUUAGUUACUGCCCACAGGCAAACUUGCCCAGUAUUGCACCCAGGCUGAGGCAGUGAUUCUGAGUACAGACACAGUCGAAAAGUGGAUAGCAGUUUCUUGGCCUGAGAAGCUGCCCUUUGUGCAGUAGCAAAAGUAGCAUUUCAUUUUCUGUUGAAUUAUAACUCAGAGUAUUUGAUUAAGUUUAUGCUUUUUAUAUUAGGACAGAUUCACAUGCUAACAUUUCCUGGCAUUUUUGUCUGUCAAGCAUUCCUGAAUUAGUCUUCAGCCCUUUGCUUCUUAAAAUUAAUUGAAAAGCUGAUGGCAGUGAAGGGAAUACUCCCCUGGGACAGGCAGAAACCAAAGAAGUAGGCAUUGAUGCAGUGCAUUUAGCCACACAAUUGGGAUAUAUUCAUGAGGACGAAUUAGCCUGGAGCUUUACAAGCUGUCCUACUAUCGAAUAAGGGAACAGACUGUAUUCUUAGUGAAGAUGAGACAUAAUAGUGACCAUUACAUAUUACAUUUUUUUUUUCAUGACAACAACUAAAUCCUGGAACUUUAUAAUCACUUUUUCUAAGACACAGAAUCCAGCCUAGGAUUUUACUGAUUUAUUGAAAUGUUAAAAUCAGUCUUUUCAUUCACACUUCCUUGGCUGCAAACAGAAUACACUAAUUAUUGUAUACACUACAAAGGAAUUCCUUAUUUCAUGCAAAUGUUGGCGUAUUUUUGUGUUGGACAGCAGUGCUUUAUUGUAUGUGCCACACAUCACUAGUAUGUUUCGCAUUUAGACAGAAACCUACCUAGUAUUUUAUUUUAUAUAUCAUUUUUUUUUAUGAAGAACUCAGCUGUAGAUAUGCAAGUGUAAUUUAUUACUGGCUAUUUUUAAAUAAAGGUGAAAAACUAAAAUAAUAUUGCAACUAAA